AUGAAUAUUCAAUGGAGUAACACUUAUAAUACAAAAAAACAAAGUUUUAAUUAUGAUUGUUUAUUGCCUAUGAUUGAUCAUAAAAACUGGAUACCAGAUGAGUUGCACUUAAUGCUUAGAAUCAGAGAUAUAUUAUUAGAAUGUUUAUUUUCAGAUCUUUGUAGAAAUUUAAAAAAAUUUGAAAAUGAAAUGGCUAAUAGAAUAAUUGAAGAAACCAGAAGAAUUGGAAUAACCAAAUUUGAAUUUUAUGAUUUAAAAAGUUCUAAAUGCAACUGGACAACCUUAAAUGGAUCAGAUAAAUUGAAAUUUUUAGAAUUUUUUCUUGUUUCUAAAUUUUAUAAUAAUGAAAAGGGGAUUAACAUAGAAAAAAUGUGGAGAGAAUUUGUAUGUUUGUAUAAAUUAAUUAGAAAAACUGCAUUGAGUGAUAUUGAAAUAGAUAAUUUUCAAAAAGAUGUUAAACAAUGGAUUAAAACAUUUACUAAUAUAUAUCGUAGUGAGGAUGUUACUCCUUAUAUGCAUGUGUUUGCCAUGCAUAUACCACAAUUUUUAAAAGAAUUAAAAAAUCAAGCAUUAUCAUUGCGUUUGUUUUCUUCAAGUGUUUGUUUGUUUUUUGGAAUUACUUGUAUGGGUGGUGGUGAAAAAAAACAAUCAGCUGUAUAUAAAAUAUUAAAUUUUGAGAAUAGACAAUUAUAUUAUCUAAAAAAUAAUACACCUUCAUCAUUCAAAAAAAAAAAUUAUUCAUAUUAA